UAUUCUUCACCUCAGAGGGUUCUCAACCUGGGGGUACUCAGAGGUCUGCCAGGGAGUACAUCAACUCAUCCAGUGAUUUGCCUACUUUUACAACAGGCUACAAAAAACCCACUAGAGAAGUCAGUACAAACUAAAAUUUCAUACAGACGACUGGUUUAUCCUGCUCUAUAUACUGUACACUGAAAUGUAAGUACAAUAUUUAUAUUGCAAUUGAUUUAUAUUAUAAUGAUAUGGUUAAAAUGAGAAAGUCAGCAAUUGUCCAGUGCUGUGACACUUUUGUAUUUGUAUUGUCAGCUUGUGUAAGCAAGUAGUUUUUAAGUGAGGUGAAAUGUGGGGGUGGGGUAGGCAAGACAAAUCAUAGAAUCAUAGAAUAUCAGGGUUGGAAGGGACCUCAGGAGGUCAUCUAGUCCAACCCCCUGCUCGAAGCAGAACCGAUCCCCAACUACAUCAUCCCAGCCAGGGCUUUGUCAAGCCUGACCUUAAAAACCUCUAAGGAAGGAGAUUCCAUGGCCUCCGUAGGUGACCCACUGCAGUGCUUCACCACCCUCCUAGUGAAAAAGUUCUUCUGAACAUCCAACCUAAACCUCCCCCACUGCAACUUGAGACCAUUACUCCUUGUUGGCUCAUCUGCGACCAUUGAGAACAGUCUAGAGCCAUCCUCUUUGGCGACCCCCUUUCAGGUAGUUGAAAGCAGCUAUCAAAUCCCCCCCGCUCAUUCUUCUCUUCCGCAGACUAAACAAUCCCAGUUCCCUCAGCCUCUCCUCCUAAAUCAUGUGUUCCAGUCCCCUAAUCAGUUUUGUUGCCCUUCGCUGGACUCUCUCCAAUUUUUCAGAGGACUCAAAGGGGUAAACUAGCCUGGAAAGGUGGAGAGCCGCUGCCCAGCGCGCUUGGGAAAGGCUGGGAGGCUGGAACACCCGGGGGCGAGGGGGCAGGGAGAGGACUCCACCCCAGAGCCGGGCGGGCGGAGGACUGUCCCUUUAAACGCCGGCUGGGGCGUGGGCCGGGCGCAGUGCGCAUGAGUUCAGUGCCUGGCUGCUGGGCUGGGUGUCCCUGCCCGAGCGGGAGUCACGGCACCCGGGAGGGCUCCCCAACCAGUGCGGGGAGCCUGCACCUGCUCGGCUGGCGGACGGAGCGGGCUGGGCGGGCCAGAGAUGAACGUGGUGAGCAGCUGCACAUAAGGCAUUGACCACUUUCUACACUGCCUAACAAACUUGCUUUGGAACGAUCUUUCUUUUGGGUGGGAUGCCUAGAAAUUUGAUGUUGGACUUUUCAGAAAUGGCAUCUGAAAUCUCACCAAAGUGCAGACUCGAGAGCUUUGAAAGCAGUGGGAGCUUGGAGAGUCGAAGCAGCAACUCUAGGUGCAGAAAUUUUACCUUGGAUGAUGAGAGUCUCCAAUACCUGACCCAUGAGGAGAAGGAUGUUCUCCGGUUUUUUGAAGAAACGAUUGAUUCUUUAGAUGAUGACUUGGAAGAACAGGUCCUACAUGAUAGCGGUAUCCACUGUCACUCCCCAAGAUCAUCGGACAAAAAUGUUUCCAGCCAUUCAGAAUCUGAAGAUAUCAUUGAUUUGGUGCAAUCAACCCUUGAGAGCAGUGAUCACAAGUGUACUCUGAACAGAGAAGUAACACCAGUGUCAGAAGCUGCCAGGAGAACAGAUGGCCCUAAAUCAGAGGGCAGUGAGCUGCCUGAGAAGAUUCCACCUCCCGAUGCUCCCCCAAGCCACCCUUCAGCUCCUCCAUUGAUGAGCGAUGAGAGAGUUCUUGCUACAUGCCCAGUGCAGCACCCCAAGCUUCAUCAUGCCAUCCCCACUCCACUUAUCUUGGCUCAGAAAAUGUCCGAGAAGCAAGAUGAGACCAAGACAAGCUCUCCCACUUCCCCCAAGGAGGAGAAGCCUGUGGAGACAAGGAAAGCCCCAGUGCAGAAUGGAGACUGUUUCCCAGCCCCUAAGCACCCUCCACUGCCUGGACCCAAAUCCUACCGGUUUCCAAGUAAUAUCAACAUAACCAAUGCAGGUGGGAAAGAAUUCAACCAAACUAUCUCUAAGGCAGCAGUCAAUGUGCAGGUGCGCAAGGCCCAGGUGCUGGCCAACAUGAACGGAGCAGCCUUUGGGACAGCUGAAAUAGAAGAGAGGUGGCAGAAGAAUGAGCUCUUGGUUCGCAACAGAAGCUCCUCCUUAAGAGAUCUAACUUCUGAGCAAAUACGAUAUGACGCUCUGACUAAACUAGGCCUGGUGAAAGGAAGGCCAAGUCUGGUCCAACAAUAUCAUGCCCCAAACACACAGAAGAUACAGGACUUGCAGGAAGAACGGGGAGAGACUGUUCCUAAUGGGUAUCAAAAUAUCCACACAACCUUAAAAUGCGAUCCCAGCCCUCUCCUUCCUAUGGGCAAGACCAUGAAGAUCAAACCAGACACAACUCUCACCAGUGACAAGGUUGCUCGACAGAAUGUUGCCAAAAGCUUUUUUGACCAUGGGCAGUCCGACUUAAAUCUGGAUAUGAGAAAGAGAUCAGGCUCACUGCCUAGACCUUCAGGAUUUCGACCCCAGGGCAUAACAGUACAGUUUUCUGGCCGAGGCUCAACAGAAGAAGCCAGGAAAGAGGCUCUUCGGAAACUGGGGCUGCUGAAAGAGACUAUGUGAAAAUCUGAGGGGACAAUCCUGACACCUGGGGGCAAGCGAAUGGAUUGGCUUUGUGUUGGAGUAGUCAAACAGAAUCAGGCUUAAAAGGAAACUGGGAGAACAAAGGGCAGUUCUCUGCUCCUGCAACCCAAGGAGGAACUAAACACUGUGAAAUCGCAGGGACUCACUAUCUUCACACCAAGAGUGGCACCCCAGAGAGUCAGCAGUGGGUUCAACACUACAUCCUACCAAGUUACCUGUCUGAUGUUCAGUGACUCGUGAAGACUUUAGAAAGAAAAAGUCCUGGCUGUAGCAGAGGGCAUUGCGUUAAUGAAGUGUUGUGUGCAGUAUUUUUUUUUUAUUGUAUGUAGAUGACAAAUCAAAUGGAGGAUUUUCCUUAUGCUGUACCAUUCUGAAGCCAAAAAACAGAUAGGGGUGUGUGUGUAUGAUAUAACUGAAGUCUUCAACCUAUGUGACACAAUUCUAUGACUUCUUUCUUUCUUUCCUAUCAUAUUUUAUUACCCAGCUCUGCCCACAUCGAUACAUAACAGGUGUUGGAAUCUUCCUAAUCCUCACUCUGCCCAAAAUGUCAGCUCAAGCACGUCUCUGACUUGUGCCUCUGCACAGAGGGUGGUUUCCUGUUUGGCCUUCUCUUGGACAUAGAGGCCCAGGCUUGCAGUGGGUAACGGCAUUGUUCUGCCACUCUAUUUGAACGUCACCUCUCCUCCUAAGCAGGUGCUUCCUGAGCAUCUAGCGACCUACUGGGUGUACAGUAAAAGGCACCUGCUAGCUCUCAAGGAUACGUGCAAUGUGUUCAUCGUGUUCCCCUGACAACCAAAGAGUAACUUGACAAUCGUAUAAAGGUUUAGUUUCCUACCAGAAAUGAUGACCAGAGAAGCCAUAGGAACAAGUUAACUUUGUACCCAGAAUGAGAGCCUUGUGUUUAAUGUCUGUCUUUAAACAAGAGUUCAGCAGAGGAAACCUCAUUGCUCUGAAACCAUAGUUCUACUCCACUGAGCAGCUGUGGCUCAGUACUUUUGUUACUUUUAUUAACUGACAACUGUUUUUUCUAAGUCUUUCCUAUGCUCAUCCCUAUAGUGUGAGAGCCCUAAUAAUUCCCAAUUCAGAAAUGUACGUUUCUUUGCAAACAUCAGCUUAUCCUGCUAACACACCACCAAAGUUAUAACCAAAAUCCCUGUACAUUAAACAGAAUUAAAGGCACUUGUAUUUUCCAACACAUGAAGACUUCCAAAACUCUGUCCAGUUGCCACUUUCCUGUGCCCAGCAGACAGAGUUUAAAAGUGGUGUGAAAAUACUUAUUUUUUAAAUUUUAGAAGGGAUUUAUCUCCCAUAUGGCACAGUUACUCUUCCUAAACAAAAUAACUCAUUUUCUCCUUCCAGAAGUAUCCCAAAAUACUUUAAGAAUAGAAGCUAGUUUGGAAUCUAAUGGCAAAGUAUCUGAAUCUAUUUACUCAUCUUUAUUUUUGUACAUUUGUAAGAGGCCCAAAACUUUUAAUUUCUCCUAAAGGGAAAGAUAAACCCAGUCUCCCUCUCUCUCACACUUUUUUUAUGUAGCCUGUAGCAUUUUUUUCCCUUUCCUUUUUUAAAUGGUUGAGUUAUAAAUCUUGGAAAAUAAGAGGAGUGGUUACAAUAGAGACUAACACACCCUGUAUUAUAAAGUUCUGACAACUGUGAUAAAUAUAUUUCUGUAUUUCCUUGAUAGAAAGUUUUAAGCAACACUUUCUGAGUAGAAUUUAUAAAUGAAGCUUUUGUGAAGGAAAAUCUUUUCAUAAUCGUUUACCUGCCUCAUAAGUUAUAAACAUUUUUUUAAAAAAAUAGUAUUUAAUCAGUUUUUAUAAUUGAUUGCAUAUGUUAUGGAAUCUGGCUGGUUUUAUUAUUUAAAUGAGGGAUUAUUUCUUCAGGCUUUUAAUGCUUUGAUUUGAAAUCAUGUUCCCUGUUGUAGCAGAUGUUGUAAGUAAUUUUGAAAUAGACUGACUAUUCUUCAAGCAAGCAAAGCACUUAAGCAUGUGUUUAGUUCAAUACAUGACUAGAUCCACUGAAGCAAAUAAGACUACUUGCAUGCUGAACUUUCAGCAUGUAUUUAAGUGCUUUGCUGGACCUGAGAAUCUGGUCCCAAUUCAGGACUGUAUUUAAGCAUGUGCUUGGGACUUAGGCUCAUGUUCAGGACAGCAGUUAAGUGAGGGUAAUGCAUUGCUAAUGCAUUAAACGUAUCAUCUUAACCAUUUUUUAUUUCAAAUUCUACUUUUUCUACAAGCAAAUCAAAUUGAAGUGUUUCACAGCUUUUAUGCAUCAAACUUUUUUGAAUCCUAGUAAAGAAACACUACAAAUGCCAAACCUGUAUAAACCAUCUUUACAUUUUAUCACAUUUCUCUCAACAGUAACAAGUAUUGAUCUUGUGCUUCAAUUUUUUUUUCUACAGGUGAGAUCACCCUCUUAACAAUUAAAAAAAAAACAAAAACAACCUUUUGUUUUACCCAAAUAUUUCUUUGAGUGAAGCUGAAUUUCAUAUAUUAGUAAAAUCAUAACAUUUAAAAGUUGAUAAGGUUUUUCUUAUCUAGAAGGUAUACAAGAGAUCGCAAAAUCUUCAGUGUUACCUUGUCCUUUCAUUCUUCAAUUAGGGUUGAAUCCUCAGCUGGUGUGAACUGGCAUAAUUCUAAAAAUACAGCAACUGAGGGUGUGUGGGCCAGUGUAUUUAUUUGGGUAUGCUAACAUACCCAUUACCCCAUUGAUAAAACCUUUCCAGUGUGCCUAAAACUGUAGAAAGUAAAGCCAUGUUCUAUAUGUGAAAUUAUUAUAGCUGCUAAUGAAAUAACUUGUAUAUUAAUACAAACUAUGUUGUAUAUCAUGUCACUGUGUAUGUAAAUGUUGGAGGUUUUAUUUUAAGGUGGUAAUUUGUCUUACAUAAAUGUGCUCUGAAAACCAUAAUGAAUCAGCUGAUUAAACUAACUAGGAUAAAACUCAAUGAC